AUGCGGACCAGCGAAGCCAGACGGCGGAACCGGAAGUGGAGGGGCUGGAAGGAAGCAGGGGGGCCUGGGGGGAGGACAGGGGGCGGGGCACAUCCUUCCAGCUUCCGGCGGAAGGGGGACCCUGGGCUUAGCGAGUUUUUCAGCCCACCCGUCCCUGCUGCAACUACAGGACCCAGCGGAGGAGAAUGUAUUCACUGCACCGCACACUUCCACUUCCAAGACUGGAAAUGCGUGCCAGCCUGUGGCGAGGGCUGCUGCCCUCAGGAGAUGCGGGGUUUGCUCCACAAAGUGUGCCAGAGGUGCAACCAGAGCUGCCUGAGCUGCGAAGGCUCCAGCAGGAACUGCAGCCAGUGUAAGACGGGCUCCACGCGGCUGGGGACCUCGAGCGUCGCCAACCACACCUGCAGCAACGCCGACGAGACAUGCUGCGAGAUGGUGAAGUCCAACCGCCUCUGCGAACGGAAGCUCUUCGUUCAGUUCUGCUGCCGCACGUGCCUCCUGGCUGAGUAGGGGCGCCUGGCCGCCCGCAGAGGGCAGGGCCGCUCCCGUCCGUCCGUCGGUCCGUCCACCCAUCUCCGGACUGGGGGCCAGAGCCUGUUUCCGGGGCAGAGCCCUGCACCCGACAGCUUUAUCUCCCGGGGAGCGAGGUCCUUCAGGCCGCAUCUCUGGGCACCCGGGGGCGGGGGCAGGGCGCCUGCAGGGGCUGCCCCUGACAGCACUGUCCUCUCCCACUCCGCUUGCUGGCUGCAUUCUUCCCGCCAACUGCACACGGGAACCACGGGAAUCCUGGGAGUCUACAGCUCCGGCUGCUGGGACCAUAUGUUUACUGAAUCUUCAAGACCAAAGCAGAAAGUCACGCCACUUGGCCUCCCAUGUCACCCUCCCCCCGCCUCCCGCGGGCUUUCAAGCAGCUCCGAGGUCAAUCUCAGCCACCAGGCCCAGCUCGCAGAACCUGGCUGUCCCCAUGCGUGCUCGGUGCAGGGCUGGGCCCACACCUGCUCCCCCAGCUGCCACAGAGCAGUCCGGGGGAACAGUUUGGUCAGACUAGAGAUAAGACAGAUUGGGGGGCACACAGUGUCUGACCACCGGGCGUAGAGCAUCUACUUCUACAUAAUCAGCGACCUCUGAAACAGCUGCAGUCGCUUAGAGAGUCAGAUUCCAAACCCCGGGGACGGGGGAGGGUCUUCCUUCCCAGAGCACUCUCCUUUGAGUGAGCCAAGCGCCCUCCCCAAGCCCUCAGUCUGUGUCUGUGGGAGUCUCGUGGCCCUGGUCCAUGCCUGCCUCCACCUGGACGCCCAGCCUUCUGAGGAGGGUCCCCAGCCGGUGUCUCGGGGGGCCAGCCAGGAAGGUGCCUCAAUGACCAAGCGGUUCCUCCGACCGAGAUGUCCGCCCAGCCCCUGGGUGGUUCACCAUUCACGUCCCGGUGGGUGGGGUUGCUGCUAAAACCCAUGUGCCCCCCCCCCCCCCGCGCUCCUCGGGAUCCUCGUCCUCGAGGUCGGGGUGGCGGUGUCUGUGUGUGCCGCGAGCCCGGCAGCACGGCGGGCCCUCUUCCCGCCAAACCUGGGAGGGCGUUUUAUAAGCUACAUGUGUCUGAUUUUUACCGACGUUCAUUAUUGUGACAAAUAUUUCAUAUGUUUUCAUUGAAAUGCACAGGUCGGCUCGAUCGGCUCCCCGUCACGUGGGGGUAACAUUUGCCUUAAAUUCUCCUGAGCUUGUACUUCUCUCCUUGUCGGCCCGCGCCCCCUCUGACUGUCGCACGUCCUGCGACUGGUCCCCGCGAGCUUGGGGGGGGGGGUGCCCACAGGUGUUGGUCGCGUCCACGCCUCCGAAGAAGAGAUCCGCAGAGCAAACACAGGGUUAGCCCUAAAUUAAUAAAACAGUUAACAUCCCACA